AUACACACUGGCAAUAAAAUUGAUGAUUUCAUGAGAUUUUUUUUCCUCUUUUGGACUAUGAUGUCGGUGAUCAUCAAUCUGCUUCUGGUUAUGAUCCUUAUAUUGGUUGGUGGUGGUGGUGGUAGCUCGAAUAAAUCUUUAGUUUUCGCCAAUAGUGUAUCGCCAUUUUUUUCACCUUUAUUACCUAAACGUUGUCCAUCGCCACCAUGUGUCUGUGAUGUUGAUGAUCAAAAACGAAAAACGGUCACUUGUACAGAAUUGAUAGAAAACAUACCAAUCGAUAAAAUGGAUCCAGAGACUCAGGUGAUCAGCAUCACACCUAAACAAAAUCGAUAUAACGACCUGAAAUUGGGGCGUAUAUUUUAUGAAAUGACAAAUUUAGAAGAAAUCCGAAUAACACAAAGUAAAAUACCAGCAAUCGGUGAAUUCACAUUUUGUCCACUUCAUUGUAAUCCUUGCAAAUUCUUGAUCAAAAUUCUUGAUCUUAGCCAUAAUAAUAUCAAAUUUGUUGUACAAAGAAAUUUUUACUGCCUUGAUUCGUUGGAAUCUUUAGACUUGAGCGAUAAUAAUCUUUCAUCUGAUUUCCCAUCAGCUGCAUUUUUUAAAUUAUCAAGUCUACUGAAAUUAUCAUUGGCAAGAAAUAAGAUUAAUCAACUAGCUCCUUUGAUGUUUCAUUUGUUGAAUAAAUUAGAAGAACUCGAUUUAAGUGGGAAUCCUUUGUCUGAAAUUCGAUCUGAUAAACUUCGAGGCUUACCGAAUCUUCGUCUUCUUAAUUUGAAUAGCUGUCAAUUGACUCGAAUUGAUGGUUUUACAUUCCGAGAACUGACAAAUUUGGAAUACUUGGAUCUCAGUGAUAAUCAUCUGAAACAUUUGAAUCGUUCUUCAUUUGAAGGUCUUUUGAAUUUGCGCGUUCUUCUACUUAAUCGCAAUUCAUUAACUGUCUUACCGGAUCGAAUAUUCGCUGGUCUUAAUUUGAAUCGUUUAGAUUUAUCGAACAAUCUGAUAAAUCCGUUAACAAAUUGUGUGUUUUGUUUAGCAGAUGCCAUCAAAAAACUCGAUUUAUCCAAUAACAAAAUAACAUCGUUCAGUGCUGUCUUGCUGGAACCAAUUUCUUAUUCACUAGAGCAACUAUACAUUGAUCGAAAUCGAUAUUUAAUUGAUUCACCUUCUUCAGUGGUCGCCCUUUUGCAGCCGUUGCGUCGAUUAAAACUUUUAUCUGCAGCUGAAAUCAAUCUAGAUGAAUCACUGCCUGAAUCAACGUUUGAUUCUUUGAAAUCGUUAGUGUUUCUCAAUAUAUCCAACAACAGUUUAACCGAGCUAAAUAGUCGUCUCUUAAGUCCGGUAGCCGUUUCGUUGACUACAUUGGAUGUGUCCAACAAUAAAUUACCAUUCAUUGAUCCGAGCACAUUUUUAAUGUUUCAAAAUAUGCAUUUUCUUUCGGAAGUUUAUCUGCAUGGCAAUCCUUUUUCAUGUUACCGUUGCCAAAUAUUACCAUUCAUCGAUUGGCUAAAUAAUGAGCCGGCUGAAUAUUGGAAAGUUUGUCCAAAAUUAACUGAUGACCCGAAUCGAUUAAUUCAUUGUGCUCGUUGUUCGAUCCCAUCAUCAUUGGAAGGACGAUAUCUUCACGAACCGGGCUUGAAUCAUGAGCUUGAAUGGUGUACAAAUCCAGAAGUCCAAUUGCGGCUUACGGCGUCAGAACCACAAGUGGGCCUCAUAUUAGCAUUCUUAAUCAUCCUCAGCUUGGUCGCUUUAAUAUUAGUUGUCAUAGCCAUUUAUAGGAAACAUGGAGCUACAUAUUAUACACAAGAAGAUAAAUUAACCUCGAAAGAAGAAAUCUAUGCUGCAAGCGUCGGUGCACAACCAUUACAUUGGGCAACGAAACCUACCACGCCAAGUAAUCAUCGCAUGAUUUCAUUAAGUAGCACUAAUUGUUCAACAUCCCGACAAAACACAGUUCGCUCACCACAAUCUUCCAUUGAACAGCCUACAUUGACAACAAAUAUCAAUUACGGCCAGUCAGCUACAGUGAUGAUGACAACUGGCCAUCAAGACGAAGAGCAAAAAUCGAUCAUCUGUCAUGAUGCGGUAUGCAUUGGGUGUAAUCAAUGUGCUAAUAAUCCAGCGGUCAAACAGGUGAUCGCUUCAAUACCGGCUAUGACCGAAAUGUUGGAGAAUUCAUUGAAUCAGAUUAAUAACCACAAUCAAAUGAAUGAAAAUGUCUCGAUUACAAAAAUAAACCAUGGAACAGCAUCUGUUAUUAAACAAGAGCCACCGCCUCUUCCUGUGAAACAACCUUCAAUAGUUGAAAACAGUGAUGAAAUUAAUUCCGAUCAUGAAAACCUUGCAUCAGAAUCAAAUAAACCAGUAUUAUUACCACCGAUAGAAGUCGAUCAAAUCGAUGAUCAUUAUACGAGUGUACAUCAUCCGAAUUGUGUCGAUAAAAACUAUGAAGAGCAAAAAGUCAACAUUUACAUUUGAGUUUUGCUUAUAUCAAUUUUUGUUGAAUCAAUUUUUUUCUUAUGUCAUUUAAUGACAAUUUUGCAUAUCGUAAUUUUGAUUG